GCAGGAGAUGUUUCUGCAGUUUGUGUCGCAAGAGUUAGCUUUUGUAUUUUAAUAUAGUUAGAUAAAGUGGUCUGUUUAGUUAAUGCCAUAAAGGGGGCGAAGAAAAGACCUAAAAUCUUUCUCGCAUGUAAAGAAAAGGAUGACAUUAUGAUGUCUUGGUAGCUUGGAAAUCAAAAGUGAAAGUGUUGAGGUCUUGAUAUUUUAUUUAUUUUGUCGUAUUGUUUCUCUGUUUUUAUGCUCCUUGACAAUGAUUGAAGUCAUUUUGUUCGCAUGCAUUUUGAUGUUCGUUAAUGGGGAUGGUGUUGCAGAUGUUGUACUGUCCUGUGAACUGGUGGAGGACGGCGUUGGGCUGGGAGGAAUGGGUGGUGGUCUUUUCACUCGAACCCCAGCCACCCUGGUUCUACGAGAUGUUCCGGUGGGCCCAGAGGAACCACUCGACACACUCACUCCAUAUGUCCCGGCUUCAGUGCCUGAUCCAAACCUCCUCCUGUUUGAACUCAAAGCGUCUUCACCAGAGAUCCCCAACGCAGACCUGUUGCUCCACGCAGACUGCAACGAGCAGGAGGUCAUGUGUGAAAUAAGUCGCUACUCUCCUCGGGGGCUCCAGGAAGGUUCUGGUCCGGCCUAUUUCAUGGUGUCUCUCAGUAUGGAUGAACUGGACUUCAGCUCCUCUCUGAUCCUCCAGACUUUGUCAGUGGAGAAGGACCAGUCCACCCUGCUACAAAGCAAACUGGGUUUGCCUCUCAGCCAGUCAGGAACUCUGCUGACAAAAGUGAUAUUCCUAGUGUUUUCCAACAUAAAGUCUGUAUCCACUCCUCUGAGAGGCGACGUUCUCCUCAAYUGUGGCUUCAAGCAGGAGGAGGUACCGUUAGGACCGGAGGUUGGCGUCGAAUGGCGCCUGCAGCACAGAGGAAAGGGCCGGAAGCUGCUUGAAAUGAAGACAAAGCUAAACGAUACAGAAGGGGUCACAGUAGUUGAAGGAGAGAGGAAAGGCUCCAGCGUAGACGCUGCUCUGGUUGUCGGUCAGGGGAACGUCUCUCUGAUGCUGAACAAUCUGAAAGUUAGCGAUGAGGGAACCUACAUCUGUACUGUCAGUAUCGGUCACUUCCACUCCCAGCAGGUCAUUCAGCUCCAUAUUAUUCAUGGAGUGGUUUUAUCUCUCUCCAACAGAUGCAGAGCCACAGAUUUUUCCAAAUCAAGGCUCUUUAAGCAGCCAUCGGCAGCACGGCGACGGGACAUAUUCCCUGUCAGCUCAYCUCACUCUGCCCCCCACCAUCUCCCCGGGGACAAAGGUCACCUGCAGGGUGUCCCACCUGGCGCUGGAUGCKCCGCUUAAUCUCAGCUUAGUGGUGGAAAGUCCUCAACCAGAUUCGUAUUGGUGGGUCCUGGGUUUCCUCAUCAUCACUGUACUUUUCUUUUAUCAGGUCAUGAAAUAGGUUCAACUUAGAUCAUCGUUAUUUGAAACUGAGCUCAGAACAGCUUCAUGUGUCAUUUAACAUGUUUUUAACUGUCAUGUCCUGCUGAACUGGAAGAACACACACAUUUGAGGGGAAAUGUUUGUAAAUGAUCUAUUUUAACAGUGCAAAUUUUGGUAUUUAUUUGCACAAUGGGAACUGGAGCAAGUGAGAUUUAUUCAGGUAUAUUUUGCAGACAUGGCAAUGUUUGGGUCCUCGAUCUUUUAUAAAACUAUCCUCCAUCAAUCAAACAUUCAAAAAUGUAAAAAUCUAUAAAAAGACAUCCUUUAUUUGUCAUUUCAGUAAAUGCUUUGGGCAUUUAUAUAAUCUUGAACGAUGWAUAAAAAAUCCAAAUACUGCAGAAGUUCUUUGAGACUUUUGAGUAGCACCCUCAGUGCUACAGCAAGCUGCUGUUGCUAUUUGUUCUUAACUGUAAAAUGUGAUGUAAAUGAUUGUCUGAUAAUUAGAUUUUUCGAAGMGCUGUCUAAAUAACCUUUCCACAAAAUCCAACUCCAAAUGACCCAAACUUUCACUUUUACUCGCAUUUAAGUUAAAACUUGAGUUGUUGGUUUUUGGUUUUGUUAUUUUCUGGUACGUUUAAAUGUUGCAUUUUUUCAUGAUGUGCCUCUUUUUAUUA